CGCGCCGCUGAAGGACGCAGAUGGCGCCACAGAUUUUCCGAGCGCUCUUCUCCUCGGCAGACUGUAAACACUCGGCUGCUUUGGGAUUACUGGGGAAGAACUGCCCGCUGGCGUCCUUCAGCUCGUCCCCAGAACGGAGUAAUGAGCGAAAUCUUGCGCGGCUGGCCAAAACUGACUCCUGCAUCCCGUUACCAUGUGGGAGCGGUGCCUUUAUGCCGACACACCUCCGCGGAGUGCGUGACUUCUGCGGAAUAGAGAACUGCCUGUGUCUGAGAACCAAGACCAUGAGUGAGCCCCAGGAGCAUGCUGAUGAUGUUGGCCUGAUAACACAUCAGGACCUGUCAGAGACCCUGAAGGAGGAAGACCCUCACAGCCCUUCACACUUCAGGGUUCAGUUGAUAGAUGACCUGUCCUACGAGGAUGUAAAGAAAUGUUACAGGGGCUCGACUGUCAGCAAGUACAACUCGCAGUACCACAAACUAUUUCAGAAUGUGCCCAAAGAGGAGAUCCUCAUGAAGGUGUACUCUUGCGCUUUGCUGCGUGACAUUCUCCUGCAAGGCCGACUCUACAUCUCCAGAAACUGGCUAUGCUUCUAUGCCAACCUCUUUGGCAAGGACAUUAAGGUGGCCAUCCCUGUAGUUUCCGUGCGGCUCGUAAAGAAGCACAAGACAGCUGGGCUGGUCCCCAAUGGCCUGGCUAUCACUACAGACAGCAGCCAAAAGUAUGUAUUUGUAUCUCUGCUGUCCAGAGACAGCGUGUACGACGUGCUGAGGCGGAUCUGCACACACCUACAGGUCAAUGGCAAGAAGAGCCUCAGCCUCAAACAGUACAUGGAAGAGCCCACCUCCUUGUCUCUGGAUGAGUUCCCUGUCCCUGAUGAGUACCCUGUGACUGUAGAUGAGUUCACUCCAGUGCUGAAGUGGAGGAGAAAGCCUUCAGUGGCAUCCGUCUCCUCUUCCCUGCCUGACCUACUGGGCAACUCCACCAGCAGCCUCAGUCCUGUGGACACUCCUUUCCAGCCUGAAGAGCCUCUAGAGGAGAGAGGUCUAGAGGCUGAAAAGAUCCUCCUCACAGAGCCAGUACCUGAACUGGGCCAGAUGGAGUACCAGCUGCUGAAGUUCUUCAUCCUGCUAAUUAUCCUCCUCAUCCUGUCCUCCUGUUACCUGGCAUUCCGUGUGUGUAGUCUGGAACAGCAGCUCUCUUUCCUCAACAGCAACACAGCACUCCCGCUGCGGGAGAGAUAACUGUGGCUGAAAGGACAACUUUCCCUGCACUGGUCACCUGAAGACUAUGCAAACUGACUGUUAUUUAUUGCUAUAGUGAAACAGAGCCACAGACCCCUUUGACUGUGGGGUUGUUUAAAGGACUGAAUGAAGACAGUAGGUAUGACAGCAAACACUGAUGCACGCCAUUCUGUGCUGCUGGACAGCAGAGGACAUGAAGACAGUGCUGGACACAGAAUAUUGGACUGUGGUCACUUAAUGCACACAAUGGCAUCAGUUUCCCCUAAUAAGAGCCACUGGUCACAGCACAUUCAUUUGUUUUAAAGGACUUAAAGCAAUACAAAAUGAAAAUACAGGCUUUGUGUGCAGGAAGAUUAUCAGAUUUAACUGCAUAUUCAAAAGAAUUAGCGAAGAAAAUGUUUGUGCUCUCAUAAGCAAUGUUACAAAUGAAGGCAGUUAAUCUGCUCAGCCACAUGUAUUUAUGUUCGUAUGCUAAUUUUUAAUCUUUACUGCUGUCUACAGAAUUAUUACAGACACACGCCAUAUUGAUGUAGAAAUUACAAAUGGAUCACACCAGUAUGAGUUAAGAAGGUAUUUCAAAUAAGCAAAUAUGAUUUGCCCUUAAUCUGCAAAGAGCUGGACUUUUUAUAAUAUCCUCAAGUUGUAGCUUGUGCUGAAUCUCUUUUUCUCAGGAUACAUAUUACAAUUAAUAUGAAUUAUAGCAAUAGCAAAUAUCGUUCAUCAGCCACAUUUACAGACGUCAGCAGUAAGAUGCUGAGGCCUGACAGGUCUAAUACGUUACAUAUAGAGUCACUGAGACACAAAUACAUUGAGUUCAUCUUUUGAGCAAGAAGAAACAGAAUUUUUUAUUCAGUUUUCAUUUUUUUUCCAGCAGUUGUCACUGUACUGUGCUGUUUUCCGGUCAAUAUGUAAACAGUCCUAAUCCUGCUCAUUUCACACUGUUUAACCGUAACUAUUGACCCUCCACAUGAUAUAAACUGUGUAUGCAUUUCAUGUCAACAAAUACAAUGUGUAUUAAGCCAUACUUGAGGCACAGCUGUGCUGUUUUCAGGGCUUAGCCUAUAAAAGGAUGUCAUUUUGCACCUCUGAUAUAGAUGAGUAAUGUCAGAAACCUACUAAACUGAAGCAUUUUGAGGGUUACAUUUAACCCUGAUGAAAAAUCUAAGGAUAUUUGAGCAGAUCCUCCACAGCCAUUAAACCUUCCCACCAACUCUGUUCUACUCAUAUAAAGGCUGUUCUCUCUUAAAAAGUAGAGUUAUUAAGAGCUUAAACUGGAAUAUUGUGAUUAAGUUUAAGUAGUUUUUUUCUGUGAAUGAAUAAAUUUCCAAGAAAUGAAAAGUGGCGAAGUAUCCUCUUCGGUCUCGGUAGUGAGUUGUGAAAUAGUGUGAAUAUUAUUAAAUAAAUAUUUGAUGAUAAAAAGCUGUCUAUUUUGAAUAAGAGAAAUAUAGCAGAUCCAAAUAGUAACAAGUCCUAUAAAGCAGUGUUUGACCAAAAAGCUGCUUUUCAUGUCAACUGACCUUUUCUUUAAAUUAAAUUGUGGAGUGAGUGCAAAGUUA